AUGUUUACGCCGGUUUCGUCUCAAGCACAGGCAUUUGUGCCUGCCCAGGCAGUUUACAACCACUUCCGCGGAACAGCACCGCGAGGUGGACAUCGAGUUGAUGCUAUACCCUUGUACGGUGCACAUGGUCAGCCCCUUCCUCCACCGCAAGUAGCACAUCACGCACCCGAUGGGCCUCUCCCACCUCCCCAAAGCUUAUACCCCCCCCAUGCAUACGCAAGGCCGCCAGUCGAUGACCGCCCUCCACCACCACAUCUACAGCACCCGCAAAUGCCACCUGAUCAUAGAUCCCCGGUAGCGUCUCGCGAUUCAAGGGACGGGUAUCCCAGCUAUUCUGAAUCGACAACGCUUCCUCCCGUAUCAGCCGCUCUUUCUGGGCCCACCACAUAUUCUAGCCAUACAGCUCAAUCGCCAUACGACCGACGUUCGUCAUCUCAUUCGCAAUAUUCGCUCGAACACCGGCAUUCCACUUCUCCGCAUGGUUCUUCUCCAAGUCUUCCGUUCCCACCACCCCUCCAGCAACAGCAUCCGGCACCUUCUCUCCCAACUCGAACACCCCCGCCAGGCCAACCAGGGGGCACUUCGGGCAGUCGUGGCCUCAGUGUAAGAGAAAUGCUAGGACCAGAUACGCAGGGCACGAGAAGCUCAACUGAUAGUGACAUGCUCAACGCCCUAAAUCGAAGAGUUUGA